UGUCAACAUCUCCCGCCGUGUGUGAUCAUUCUGCCUUCAACUUCGCCUCUGGGCCUCACAUUUCUUGGCAGCUUCAUUCAAUACACACAACGAUUCUCGCGUUCGUUUGCUGUUUUAUCACUACCAUUAAGCUCGAAAUACGAAGAUGUGGAAAUCAACGUGUGUAGUUCUACUGUGCUUCUUCGCUCUAGCAUCAGCAAAGCGAAAGUCAACCCCCGGUGUUGGCUCGUGUGCUAAUGUUUUCUGCGGGAUUGGACGCGAAUGUGUCGAGGGACUAGCAAAGGAGCCAGUUUGCGAUUGCAUAGAACGAUGCUUUGAGCCACCAAAGCCAAUCUGCGCCAGUGAUGGUGUUACUUAUGAAAAUGAAUGCGAGAUGCACCGAACCGCCUGCUCUGCUGGCAAAGUGUUGCGAAAAAUUGCUGAUGGAUCUUGCAAAAAGGAGGCCGAGCUUGAAAAGAAGAUAAUGGAAGAAGAGAAAAGGAAAUCACCCCAACCAGUUGUCUGUCUGGAAAAGGAUCGUGAUUUACUGAGAGAAAAACUCCUGACCUGGAUGAAAAAAGUUAACAUUGCAGUUGAAUCAGAAAAAAAGGAAUACAGGCAAAUGCUGAAAGAUCUCUUCAAAGUUCUUGAUGAGGAUAAUGAUACCAAACUUGAUACAAUGGAAUUCGUCAAACUGCUGGAAGGAAACGAGUCUGUUAGUGAGAUUCUGACAAAAGACAAGCACACCAACCCUGUCCUCAGAGGCCUUUGUGCUGAUGCACUCAUCGCAAUCACAGACAUCAACUCUGACUACAAGCUUGACUUCGCCGAGUUCAUGAAAUGCCUUGACCCAAAAUUUAAGCUUCCAGUAAAACAUUGUGCACUUGGAGACAGAAAAUACAAGGAUGGUGAUGAAGUUCCACAAGGUUGCAACAACUGCGUCUGCGCUUGCGGCAAAUGGGUUUGCACUGCAGUCAAUUGCGAUAACUCUGUUUACUCGCAAUUUGAGAAGAAAGACAAGAAAGCAUCAAAAAUGCCAUAAGAAAAACGACGAUUUAUAGAUAUUAGAUAAGGAAAAACCUUGCUAUUCAACUUCAUCAUGUAGAAUUAUGAAAAACCACUGACGAAGAUCAAUUUGCACUGUAGCAAAUCGCAGCAUAUUGUUUGUAGACAUUAUUUUCGUUUUUCUUAUAUUGUUGUAUUUGUAUUAAAUAUUAGCCAUUUAUAAAAGUUUAAACACAAUAUUUUGAAGUUUUGAACAGUUUUUAUAGGAUUGGAAGACGUUUUUUUGCCAUAUUUUUGAAUAAAUAAUGUCGUUGUAAUGUCAUGUUGUUUCGUUAGUAAAUAAUCCUGAAGUUUGUUUUAUUUUGUUUACAGUUUCGGGUUUAGAUAACCAUUUUCCUCAUAGUUUUUUAAGUAUAAGGGUUCACUUUGUUUAAGGGUUUGUUCAAGGCUUCUGUGUUAGUCAAGGCAAUAAUAGGCUGUCUGUGCAACUUUUUUUGAUUACAACUUACACCAUAUAUUACUAGGCCUGCUGAAAUCUGAAGGUUCGUCCAUUUUGAUCAGAUGCAAGUACUUCAUGUAAAGGCAACCUGAUUACAGGACUGUUUUCUUUGAGAGGUCUUGGCGUACGAUAGCUAAGAAUUGAUAGAAACUAGGUCUGCAUUUUACCAAAGGAGUCCUUGAACGCCUCGGGGUAGUUUUUCUUGCUACUGGUAGUUCUAUUUAAGCGUUUAUAACAGUGAUUCGUUGUCUUGUUACUAUCUGCUUAAAAUGAAUUGUUUUUGGUCUUUCAGAAUUAACAUUAGGUCAACGUGUUUUCA